AUGUGGCUGCGGGCUGAUGUCAAGUGCUCGAUACCUGAUUCUGGAUACUCACCGGAUAGCGGAAUAGGCCCAACACAUAUCGAUGUUCUGACCAAGCUACGCGAUAUCUGGGCUACCAUUCUACAAGAUGAUAUCUCAAGUUUCAGUAAUGAAGAUGUCUUCUUCGAGGUCGGGGGCGAUUCUAUCACGGCGCAACGCCUUGUCGAGGCUGCUGCAAAGGAGGGAAUCCACCUCACCAUGGAACAAAUCUUCAUGAACGCCUCACUCGAGGAUAUGGCAGGGACAGCCCGGCUGGUUGAACCACCGAAAGGGCACGCAUCCGUCCCUGACGGAGAUGAGAUUUUGGACAGGAACCGCGAACAAGACCAAGUCACCCUGGACGAGGUUGCCAAGUAUUGUGGCUUGCCCGCGUCCAGCAUCGAGUCGGCGUACGGCCUGACGCCGAUGCAGGAGUCUCUGCUGGUUGAGCAUGAUGGGUUUUCAAACUCGUACGUGCGGCAGUUUGUUUUCCGCGUGCGCCCCGGCCUGGAACUGGCCCAUCUCCGGCGUGCAUGGGAUGAGACGAUCCAGACAAACCCCGUUCUGCGCACGCGCAUCUGCCAGCUCCAGGGGCUGAAGACGCUGCAGGCGGUCGUCAGAGCUGAUGCGGAACCCGUGUCUUGGAAUAUCACUCAGGCCAGCCUAGAAAACUUUCUCGAGGAAGAUGCACGGGUGCCCAUGUUGAUUGGGGAUGCUUUCUUCCGUUAUGCCAUCAUAGAAGACGCCGCAAGACGAGCACACUACUUCGUCUGGACCGCGCAUCACGCCCUGUGCGAUGGAGCAUCCAUCCCCGAGAUCCUGUCGGAUGUUGGGCAGCGGUUCCGGGGCGAACCUGGGCCGCAGCGGCCAUCGUUUGCCUCGUUCAUUCGGUCCCCAGCUAUUUCCCCCGAUCCAGCACUUGAACAGCAGUUCUGGACGCAGGCUUUGUCGGGCGUCCAUCCGACGCCCUGGCCCGCUGCACCGCAUGGCCUCGAGUUUCGAGCCAACCCAAGCACCGGCGUGCUGGAGCACCACCUCACCCUUGAUAGCCUCCCACCGUUCGGCACCACGAAGUCCCUUCUGUUGAGGGCUGCAUGGGCGAUCCUGCUAUCGCAUUACACGGGGACCGACGAGGUCAUCUUUGGUGCCAUCAACAAUGGGCGUACGGCGGCCGUUCCUGGUGUGUCGCGUAUGACGGGUCCAACUAUCAAUCUGGUGCCUAUUGUGUCAAGUGUUGGACCGGAGCAAUCCGUCUCUGGUUUGCUCCAGCGCAUCCGACAUCAGACUGUCGAGAUGAUGCCCUUCGAACACUCGGGCCCGUCACGAAUCCGAAGAUUCCUAGCCAUGGACAAAAGCCAGCAGACAACUGCUCUUGACCUCCGGAGCCUGCUCGUCGUCCACCCUACGUCCUUUGCCGCAGCCGUCGAGCCCUCGAUGAAGACGCUGGGCCUGGAGUAUGUCGGCGAGGUCGGGAAGAAGGAGCAGCACCCGUACCCUCUCGUUCUGACCUUCGCCCUGUCCGCGGAUGGUUCCAGAGACCCCGGGAUCCUCCUUCGCAUCGAGUAUGACGAGCUCAUUAUCCCUUCUCCACAGGCGCUCCGUCUUGCCCACCUUUUCGAGCGCCAAGUACGCAAGCGGCCUGGUGCCAUAGCUGUCUGCUCUAUCGGCGGGUCGCUGACCUACGAGGAGGUUGACGUGCACGCAUCCUCGCUCGCCGCGCAGCUGAUAGAGCUUGGUGUCCGGCCCGGUGUGUUCGUUGGUGUCUGCUUUGACAAGUCCAUCUGGACCGUGGUGGCCAUCAUGGCCGUCUUCAAGGCCGGCGGUAUCUAUGUGCCCAUGGACCCUGCGCACCCGCGUGGUCGCAUUGAGGAGAUUGUCCGAAUGGUAGGGAUGAAAGUGUCACUGGCCUCUCCGAACGGCGGCGGCGUCCUCAGAGACAUCUUUGAGCCCAAGGAACUGUCCAUUAUACAGGUCCAGGGUGGUCCAGCGCAUCGUCCCUGGGCAGAGCCUCCUCGUGUGGCAAGUCGGCCGUCGGACACGGCCUAUCUCCUUUUCACGUCGGGAAGCACAGGCAAGCCCAAGGGCAUCUUGAUGCCACACCGGGCAAUCUGCACGUCGAUCCUGCAUCACGGCCCCGCGUUUAACGCAGGCCCACACUGGCGGACCUUGCAGUUCUGCGCGCACACCUUCGACCUUUCCAUUGCCGAGUUCUUCACGACUCUCUCCUUUGGCGGCUGCGUAUGUGUCCCAUCAGAGCAAGAUCGUACGGAUGACCUGGCUGGUGCGAUCACGGCGCUGCGGGCCAACACCCUCAUAGUUGUGCCCACGGUCGCCAACCUUCUCUUACCGGCCGAGGUGCGCACGCUGGAGCGGCUGAUCCUGAGUGGGGAGCCCAUCCCCAAGGAGGCCAUCGUCCGCUGGGCCGACCGAGUCAACCUGACGUGCGCCUAUGGCCCGUCAGAGACAGCCGUGUGGUGCUCAGCCAACCUGCGCGUCGGGAGGGACGCGCACCAGUCCCACGAAGCUCUCGGCGGUGGCUACUAUGGCGACAAUGCCACCACGGACGCAGCGUUCGUGGAAGCGCCGGGCUGGAUGCGCCAGCUCACCGGCGACACGAUGCUCUACCGCUCCGGGGACCUGGGGCGGUCCAACCCGGACGGGACCUUCCACGUCGUGGGGCGGCGUGACACGCAAGUGAAGCUGAGAGGACUGCGCAUUGAGCUGGGCGAGAUUGAGAACCGCCUGACACAGGGCGGCCUGGUGACGGCUGCGCUGGACAAGAUGCCACUGCUCAUCUCAGGCAAGAUGGACCGCAAGAGACUGAAGCAGUGGUUGCAGAACAUGACGUUGGAGAUGUACAACGAGCUGGUAGGCAGCGGCGAGAAUGAGAAUGACCAGGGCCAGGUUGAGGCUGUCGUGCCCGGGUCCCUCGCCGACAAGCUGCGGCAGGUCUGGAGCAAUGUAUUGCGGAUGCCAGCCGCACAAAUCGGCAUGGCUACCUCCUUCUUUGCUGCCGGCGGCGACUCAAUCGCCGCCAUCCAGAUCGUGUCUCAGGCAAAGAGAGCUCUUCCUGAUGUUCCCGUUUCGGUGCGGGCCAUCAUCAAUGCCAAAACUCUGGGAAAUCUCGCUGCUAUGAUGGGCGAGAAAGAGCUCGAGGAGAGGGAAGGCGGCAAGGGAGAAGAGCACCCCUCGGCUUCUUCCCAGGCAUCAUCAGGACAGUCCACAGAUUCGGGGAAGAUACUGCUGGGACCGUACCGCCCCCUCCUGACAUCCCGGCUGGCUCAAGCUCAAGCUGGCAACCAAGUCCAAGUCGAAGGCGCCCACCUGCUCUCGGCCUUCCAGCGCGAGAUUCUGAGGGCGCGCAGUGCCAACCCUGCCGUGUUCCUCAUGUCGUGGCGCAUGGAGCUGUGGUCCUUGACCGCCGAGCCUCUGUCCCUGCCACGUCUCAAGGCCGCAUGGCAGGGCGUCGUGGCGCGCUUCCCCGUGCUGCGCUCCAUCUUCCUGAAGGACGCCCCGGAGCGCCUGGGACUGCCGGUCGUGCAGGUCGUCCUAGACGCCCAAGCUGCUUCCGAAGCAACCGUGGUCGUAUGCGAGUCGCCGUCGUCGGCACCCGAACCUGAGUUCGGCGAUGCGAGGGCGCCGGAUGUGGACGCUUGCUUCCUACCGCACCGCGCGCACAUCCUCCGCCAUGGGGAGAGAGUGUAUCUGCAUGUGGAGAUGGAUCACCUGAUCAUCGAUGGGUGGUCACUGGGGCUGAUCAAGAGGGCACUGCUGGAGGCCUAUGAGGCUGGGCCCGACAAAGACUCUCACAACAGCAGCACUGUCGCAUCGUACAAAGCCUUCGUCGCCGCCCAUGGGUCUCCAGAUCGCAUCAAAAUCGACGACGCAUACUGGGAACGCCUCCUUCAUGGCUUGUCCCCGUCUGCGCUCUCGAGCGCGCUCCAUGGGGCCGGGACUCCAUCGCGUCAACUGCAGCAUCAGCAGCAUUCGCGACAGGGCAAGGUCAUCCUCUCCCUCCCUUCAAUCCCCGCCGCAAGCCUCACCCCUUUCAGCGCCACACACGGCCUCACCCCGGCGUCUAUCUUCUCGGCGGCCUGGGCAAAGACCCUAUCUAGCUUCACCGGAAAGUCUGAUGUCGCGUUCGAGUGCGUUGUCAGCGGCCGCGACGAAGAUGACUACGAUCAUAACCACCAACCCGACGCUGCCUCCGUCUGGGACCUGGUGGGCUGCUGCAUCAACGUGCUGGUGCACCGAGUAGAGGGUGUUGUGGGGGCCGACAUGGCGGGGCUGGCGGCGAGGCUGCAGGAGCAAAGUGCCGAGGGGGCCCACCACGGAGCCUCCAACGUGCGCGAGGUGGCCGCGAGGCUGAGCCCGGUGAGGCUCUUUGACACGGCCGUCAAUUUCCAGCGGCGGCCGACGGCGGUGGAAAACGAGGCACGAACGCUGAGGGUGGAUGACGACUUGACUCGGAGCGUGGACCCGUGGCACUUUGAUAUCCUGGUGAGGGUAUUGCAUAUCACCGACGACAACACCCUUCGGCCUUCCUUGGAAUUUUUCGAACAGGACUACAACCCGGACACCAUGGAGUAUGUGGGACAAGACUGGUGGCGGAGGGUGAAGGAACUGGCUACUUAA